CGCUGUGGUGCACUGAUAAGAAGUUGCAUGUCUCCCGACACUAUUACACAUCCACAUUCAGACAGAAAAUGGCUAAAGAAGCACAACUGACUACAGACUCGUAUGCGAAGGCGCUCGCAGCUUUUGUCGGAAAUGGAAAAUCUCUGCUGGACCUUGCUGAGAAGGAGAGCAGGGAAGGCUCUUUCCAGGAAUUCAUCAGGCAGAAAAUCCGCAUAGAGCAAAAACAGUCACUGCUGGGUCUGAUUGACGCUGGUGCAGCUUUGUAUAAAAGUCUGUCAGUGAGGAAGAAAAAGGAUAUGGAGGAUCUAUGCCGGAAAAACACUCACUGUGCUGCUCUGCAGGACGCUCUGCAGGACUUUCAACAGCUCGAAGUGCAGUGGGAUGCCUUUCUACAGCACUUGGAUGAUGAGUUACAGCUAAGUGCUAAAUCCCUGGAUGGUCGGCUUCAGUCAAAGAGUAUCUCACCUGAUAUACCUCUCAUUGAUGCCAGAACAGGAGAGGCAGUGACAUUACAGAAAUAUCUUGGGAAAGGUAAAAAGACUCUGCUUGUGUUAAUCCGACAGUUCUCCUGUCUGCUCUGCCGUCUCCAUCUCAAGGAUUUGGAGAAGAAUAAGAGCUCCCUGGAUGCACACUCAGUGCAGGUGGUGGUUAUUUCGUUCGGCUGUCAGGAAGGAGCUUCACACUGGAUGCAGGAGACGGGCUGUCAGUUCGACAUGCUGUUGGACUCUGAUAGAAAGAUGUAUGCCGCGUUUGGUCUGGGAGCGUCUCUGAAGAAAGUGUUAAACUUCACUAACAUGCUGCUUUAUGCCGAAUAUGUGGCGGACAACUUUGAGUUUCCAAGAGGACUCGCAUCGAUUCAAGAAGACAUGUUUCAGCUGGGGGGCGACUUUGUUUUGGACGAACAUGGGAGGGUGCUGUUCUCUCACUGCUGUCAGAGUCCAAUAGACCGACCGUCAGUGGAGGAGAUUUUAUCUGCAUAGUGAAGAUUAAACUCCUUCUUGCACAACACAGAUUAAUUACAGAAAAUUAAACAGAAUUAACAAAACAGUUAAGGAUAAGAGAGACUGUUAGGCAGAGCUGUAAAUUCAUUUAUAUUGAAGCAGUUGUUGGAUGAAAAAUUAGUUUAGUAAAAUAGAAAAGCAACUUUUUUUUACAUUUUUGUUGUUUCCAUUGAGUGAAACCUUUCUGUGCAAUCAAGUGAAGUCUUAAUUUCAUAACAAAACUGUGAUUCAACUUUAACGACAUGAAUCUCCAAUAAAGAUUACGUAGAUAAAGAGCACGUACCUUUUAUUAUAUGCUUGGAUGGCAGGUGAAACAGUACUGUUAUGAGCUUUAUCUUUAUCAUCUCUUUUUCAGCUAAGUCAUAUUUCUCACUGGUUUACACUGAAGAUGGACAAGCACAGUUCAGUUUACGUAAUGUGAGGUAACAUCAGACAAUCAACAAGCUUCCGCUCACGUUCUCACUUUGACUGCCACUCAUAAAGUUCAACUGGUGCAAACAACAGCAGGAGCACCCAGCAAUCAAAUACAAAACUCUGCAACAAAUACUGCCUUUUUAUAUCUUAUAAAGGUGUUGAUAAAUAUACUGAGGCUGCAGGAGUUACUACUAUUUUUCGCCUUAACUAAACAGCACAAAUUAAUCUCACAAAAUUGAUACAGCAACUUAUUCUCAGAAGUAGUCGUAGAAGCACAGAAACCAAAACUGCACUAACAGACUAUAAGAUUAAUUUGAGCUUCUGUAGAGCAUAUAUAUUUAGUAAAACGGAAUUAAAUAUAAAGAAUAAAACGUGACAUGAAAGAAAGUGCCAAGGUUUUACAUUGGCACAAUGGUGACACUGGUACACUGUUAUCAGUAUGAUAUAAUCCCUGUUUAUCUAUGCCAUACACUGAUCAGUUUAUGCAACCAGUUAGAAGCUGCUUGGAUUUGUAAUUUCACACUUUAUCCUCACUGAUCCUCAUUUAUAUUUCUUUUUAAAGCACAGAAAUUAGCAAAGUAUCAUGCAUUUCGAGAAAUGUUCCAGGUUGAAAAUAAUGUUUAACAAUUUAAAUACUGGCAGAUACUGACAAUUGAACCCAUUGACUCAAUAUUUUUUGUUUUUGGAGUAUCGUUCAAGAUGCACUGUGUACAUGAUCUCAAACUUGAAUAAAACUUUGUGACAACAGAUGAAAUGACUCUGUAUGAGGUCCUGGGAUUGAAUCCACUUGUGACAAAAUCGGGACGAAUACACCAUUUGUCCCCAUUUUCACCAUCAUUGCCAUAUUGUUAAUUAUACAGCCAUGUUAAUUGCUUGUUUUAGCCAUUGCCAUCAGUCAUUAAUCUGUAACUUGCAGAAAAAAUACUAUCCCAAUUUUUUAUUGGGGUAUGCAUUAUAUGUUUGGUUAAGGUUCACAUAACAGCCUCAUUUAUGGUUAACAUAAAACACAGUUGUUUGUUAAGUUUACUUAUUAUUGGAGUGCCUUGUUGGUCUAGUGGUUAGAGAGUCAUUCCUCUCUCUCUCUCCCUGUUUCCUGUCAGCCUCUCUUCAAGUUAAAAACAAAAAACAAAGUUAAAACAAAGUUUACUUAUUAUUUAUUGGUUUACUGCCUUUCAUAAGUUGGUCAAUUUUUUUCUUUGCUACUUACCAAACACAUCACAUGUUCCAGAUACAAAAAGAGGAGGCACCCAACCACUGAAUGUAUACAGUGAUGUCACUGGGUUAGACCAAGUAUGGGGGGAUGUAUUUUACUUAGUGAAAUGUUUGUUUUAGUAUUUAUAUGAUUCAUACUUAAUUUGGCUUGCAAUGAGGAUUGUGCUAUGGAUGUGUUUUGUGCAAAUAAUGUUGACUAAUACAAAUAGCAUUAUUAUGUGCCAGUUGGUAUAAAGGACAAUCCUCCAAGAAAUGUGAUUCUGCCUAGUAGACUGGAGGUAGGGAUGCAUGAUGUGUCAAAAUAACAUUUUAAAUAAAAUGUUGUGUUGCUGCA